AUGGCAUCUGUCAGCGUCGGGGACACGGUCAUGGUCCCUGGGGAUAUGCACGGGGUCGUCAAAUUCAUUGGCCCAGUAGCAGGGAAAAAGGGAACCUUUGCGGGUGUACAACUCGCGACAGAAUAUGCUCCCAGAGGCAAAAAUUCCGGUGAAGUUGACGGAAAAUUUUAUUUCAAGACUACCAUACCCGGAUCUGGGAUUUUUCUGCCAUUGGAGAAGGCUGUCAAGAAACCUGGUCCUGGUGUCGGCCUAGGCGUCAGAGCAAGCCCAGGACCAGGAACACCCACAAGAUUGAAUAAUUUCAAUCAGGGAGGACGAACACCAGGUAUCGCAAAACCCAGUUUCAGUCAAUCCGUGGGCCCGGGUAUGAGGGCGGGCGCCGCGAGUCCUGCGCUUAAACCGCCUGCGAGACGAGAAUCUCUUCCGCGGCCGUCGAGUCCUCUGCGGAAGGCCAAUACACCUACGCCCAAGGUUCUGGCGACUCCCAAAACACGACCGAGUGGUAUGGGAUUGGCAAAGAGUACAAAUGGGGGACCAGGACAAUACAGGCCCGGUCAGCGACCAGCCAUCAAUUUCAGCCAGAGUUUAAGACAAAACGCCUCAACACCGAGCCAGUCAAGUGCAAGUCCAUCGCUGGGACCCGAAUCCGGCUUUGAUGAACUCACAGAACAAGACGCAGAUGCCACACCAACGCCGACGCCCCACGGGGAUAGGAACGUAGACGUGGAAAAGUAUGAGGUCAAGAUACGGGGAUUGAAUGAAGAACUCAACAACGCGAAACGACAAUUACGCGAACAAGGGACUAACUUUACCGAGAUGGAACGGAAUUUCAAUGAAUUACAAAAGCUAUUACCUGGUUUGGAAGAAAGUCAAACCAGAAAACGCGGCGGUGCUGAUGAUGAUGGAGAUCUUCCACGAGAUGUCGUGUCGCUUCGUGACGCGCUGAGGGAGAAGAACGAGAAGAUUAAAAUCCUGACCGCCGAAUUUGACGCAAACCGAGCAGAUUUUCGGUCGACCAUCGAUACAUUGGAAAUGGCGAGUACCGAAACAGAACGAGUCUACGAGAAAAGAGUGGACGAACUAUUAGAAGAAGUCAGGAACCUACAAGAUCGAAGCGAGGACGUCGAGUCUGUGGCGCAACAACUUAAGCAGUUAGAAGAAUUGGUCCAAGAACUGGAGGAAGGCCUAGAAGAUGCUCGACGAGGCGAAGCCGAAGCACGCGCGGAGGUCGAGUUCCUGAGAGGGGAGGUGGAAAGAUCGAGAUCCGAACUCCGGAGGGAACGUGAAAGACUGAAAACGGAGGAACAAUUGAAUGGAUAUUCACCCGGCAAUAUCCAGGAUCUCGAAACACAGCUAAACAACAAAGACGAUGAAAUCCGGGGUCUGAAAGCAAUUAUCCAGAACCUGAACGAUUCACAUAACAAGGUCUCCAAGACGAAUGGGAACACCGGCUCAAAUGGACACAACCGAAGCGACAGUGCAACGAUCCCUCAUGAUGAUGAUGAUAACCGCUUUAGCAUGCAGCAACAGAUCCGCGACUUAGAAGCCCUGCUCCAGCAGAAAAGUGCACAUGAAGAAGAAUUGGUCAAUGAAGUUAAGCAGCUACGGAAUAGCGUUACUCUCUCUAAAUUUCCAAUGUCAGGGGCAGCGUUUGGAAUCCACACGGCCAUGAGAUCCGGCAAUGGCAGUCACUCACGUGGGAAUAGUGACGAACUGGAUCGGAAACAUUUGAGUACAGGCACGACCGGGAGUCAAAGGACUGUCGUUCUCGGGUCGAAAGGAAGUGGACAUGGGAGGAACCAAAGUCAACAAAUCCAAGAAUGGCACGACGCCCGCUCCGGCGAUGCAUCGCCGGUCAAACACCACGAAUACAUGCCCGACAUGAACGUUGGUCCGGAUCGAGAACGAGAACAAUCUGACGACGGCGUGACGGACGUCUCGAGCUCUAGUGCCGCGUUGUGGUGCGAAAUCUGCGAAGAAGGUGGUCACGACAUUCUGACUUGCUCGAAUAUGUUUGGUCCCGGCAAAGCUAAAGGACAAGGACAAGGAAGCUUAGGAAAGCGAAGCGGUAAGGAAGCGGUUCGCGAGGGCCUCCGCCGAAGCGGCGACCACAACGUAACCUCAGACUUAGGCAUGGAUCAAUCAGGGUCUGCAAUGGAUAUGGGGAUGGGUUCAGACAGGCCCGCGCCGCUCAUGAGUCGGAAGUUCAGCAACAAUAUCGUGCUCGGCGCAUCAAAUCCGCCGCCGACAAUGACUCUGCCAUCACCGCCUAUCCACGACGAGCCAACCCCCUCGCUAUCAAAAUCUGAUCCCGCGCCAGCCCCGGUACAUUCCGUCUCCGGUCCCAUCGAAGGCACAGGGGCACAGGCAGGCAUGCUCGCCGGCCGGACCAGCGGGGCUAUCGACCCGGAGAAAUGGUGCGCUCUGUGUGAGCGCGACGGUCACGAUUCCGUCGAUUGUCCACUUGAAGAUGCUUUCUAG